CGUACACGCACGCGCAUACGCACAAACCCCCCGGGUGAGCAGGCGCGGUGGAUGUGAUGAGGUCCCAUUAGUAGCGGACGGACGGAGCGAGUCGUCAGGAUUUAAUGGGAGAACUCUCACAGUUUGGUGUCGCUAACUGGCUGAAAAGCGGUUUUAUGACUUGUUCGUUUUAGUUUGGUCCAGUUUGACUCGGAACAGUUGGAAACUCGGAGCCAAGCAGGCUGAGCAGCACCAAGACACUGGGGAGAAGAAAGUAUGGAGUUUUUCCUUUGACAGCUGCUCUGCUGCCAGACUGACAAACAUCAGUGACCAGGAGGUGAGCUGUCACCAUCCAGUCAGCUGCCAGAUGACUGACCAGCCCUGCAGCCGUGCAUCCUGACUGUCUGCCUCCAUUUGUGUGUCCGAAUGUCCACGAUGACUUGGAGGAGACUUGACUGGUGGAUCCCCUGCUGACACCUCCUGUCCCCAGAUAUCCGCCCAACUCCCCCCCUUUCCUUACAGCUUUGGUGCACCCUUUUUUUGUAGAGCCCCCCUCCCUGUCUAAGCCGUCAGCAUGGCUAGCCUGGUGCUCAACGAGACCGGAAUGGAGGACUGCGGCAUUGACGACUCCUUCAAGUACAACUUGUACUCGGUGGUUUACAGUGUGGUCUUUGUCUUGGGCCUGAUAACCAACUGUGCGGCCCUCUUUGUGUUCUGCUUCCGGAUGAAGAUGCGAAACGAGACCACAAUGUUUAUGACUAACUUAGCGUUAUCAGAUUUGGUAUUUGUUUUUACGCUGCCAUUCAAGGUCUUUUACAACGUUAACCGCCACUGGCCAUUUGGAGAUGGAUUGUGUAAGGUAUCAGGAACAGCCUUCAUCACCAACAUCUACGGCAGCAUGCUCUUCCUCACCUGCAUCAGUGUAGACCGCUUCCUGGCGAUAGUCUACCCUUUCCGCUCCCGCUCCAUCCGCACACGCAGGAACGCGGCGCUGGUGUGUGCCGCUGUGUGGCUGACCAUCGUAGGGGGAGGAAUAUCAGUGACCUUCUUCUCCACCAUUAACAGCACAAACAGAGCCACCACUUGCUUUGAGGGCUUCUCCAAGAGCACCUGGAGGACCUACCUAUCCAAAAUCACCAUCUUCAUCGAGGUUGUGGGCUUCCUCCUCCCCCUCUUGGCCAACUUGGUAUGUUCCUCGCUUGUUCUGCGGACGCUGCGGCGUCCAAUGACUGUUGGUCACGGCUGUAACAGCAAGAGACGUGUCCUACGGAUGAUUUUGGUCCAUCUGGGCAUCUUCAUCAUCUGCUUCGUCCCUUAUAACUCAAUCCUCUUCCUGUAUGCCCUGGUGCGGACCCAGGCCCUGGCUAACUGCGCUGUGGAGCGCUUUGCCCGAACUCUUUACCCCAUCACUCUGUGCCUGGCCAGCCUCAACUGCUGCCUGGACCCUGUUGUCUACUACUUCACAUCAGAGAGCUUCCAGAAAAGCUUGACCAUGGGAGGCAAAGGGACAGGCUCCCGGCCUGAGAGUAUCCCCCGCAGCGACACUGAGACCCAAGACACAGGAAACACUCUCCCUAGAGACACACACACUCUGGCCAGCAAUGGGAAAGAGUCAAAGACGUCUGAGAGUCAGUUCUGACUCAGCAGGAGAGAAGGAAGGUAAAGAAGGACAGUUUGGGUUUGACAGGAGCCCUGAAUUUGAAAAAUAAAGCAAUCAGCUGUUUGGUCCUGGAAGUGACAAACACAUAACUCAGCAGAUUAGUUAAGUCCUGAGGUAAGUCCUGAGGUAUGGCCUGGGCUUUACGGAUUAAUCCACCACUGGAGAGCAGAGGAAUGUAUCUGUGUGUGUUUAUUAUGAGUGAACACUACAGGGAUCAGAGACCCAGCCACACCAGGACUAUUGUCCAGAGACACGCAGAGCCUCUAAAAGAGACUGCAACACAUCAUCACUCAGGCUUAACACACACAAACACUCACAAAUGCACUGGAUUGUGGACAGAAUGGAGGUUUCCGUCCACAUUGUUGACAUAUGCUGUUUAGUUCUUUUGUAACACACUGAGCCCUUAAGUGUUAUUGUCAUAAAGUUCAAGCUUCCACAGCACAUUAUAUCAUGUUAGACAUUAAUGUUAUGUCACUUUUAGUGUGGUGAGACCCAUUGUUAUUAUAACACAGCAGCGCGCUGACCUACUGAGUUAAAUGUGUCUCAUGUUGACGUUUGAGGCCAUUAAAUGUCUGUUUUGAA